AUGGCCUCAAGACCCACUGUCAACGUCCACACCUCCUCCGGGGAGGCCUCCACCUCCCUUCCUCUCCCCGCGGUCCUCACCGCCCCCAUCAGGCUCGAUGUCGUCCAACAGGUCCACAAGAGCAUUGCUAAAAACAAGAGACAGGCCUACGCCGUGAGCGAGAAAGCUGGUCACCAGACAAGUGCUGAGUCCUGGGGUACUGGUCGUGCUGUUGCCCGUAUCCCCCGUGUCGGAGGAGGAGGAACCCACCGUUCCGGCCAGGCUGCCUUCGGUAACAUGUGCCGUGGAGGACGCAUGUUCGCCCCCACCAAGACAUGGCGCAAGUGGCACGUCAAGGUCAACCAGAACCAACGCCGUUUCGCCGUUGUUUCUGCCCUUGCUGCCUCUGCCCUCCCCUCGCUCGUUCUCGCUCGUGGCCACCGCAUCGAGCAGAUCGAGGAAGUUCCCCUCGUUGUUGAGGAUGCCUCUGAGUCUUUCACCAAGACCAAGCAGGCUGUUGCCCUCCUCAAGUCCCUCAACGCCUAUGCCGACGUUGUCAAGGUUUCCAACUCCCGCAAACUCCGUGCUGGCAAAGGAAAACUCAGGAACCGCAGACAUCGCCAACGCCGUGGUCCUCUUGUUGUCUACAAUGAGGACAAGGGCAUUGUCAAGGCUUUCCGCAACUUGCCCGGUGUUGAGCUCGUCAACGUCAGGCGCCUGAACCUCCUCCAGCUCGCUCCCGGAGGACACCUUGGCCGUUUCGUUAUCUGGACCUCCGGUGCCUUUGCUCUUCUUGACGAGGUCUUCGGCACCACCGAGAAGGCCUCCACCUACAAGAAGGAUUACAUCCUCCCUACCGCUAAGAUCACCAACCCUGAUGUCACCCGCCUCAUCAACAGCGACGAGAUUCAAUCCGUCGUCCGCCCUGCUGGCCAGAAGGUCCAGAAGCGCCCCUGGACACAGAAGAAAAACCCCCUUGUCAACAAGGCCGUCCUCUUCCGUCUCAACCCCUAUGCCAAGACUCUCCGAAGGCAAGAGAUCCUCAAGCAGGAGCGCUUGAAGGCCAAGAACGCCGCAAAGCCCAAGCAACCCGCUGCCGCUUCCAAGACCUUCCUCGAGAACCUCUUCGCUCCCUAG